AUGACUGCCACAGAUAUGACGAAGUCUCAGGUCACCAGGUGCCUUCGCGAUGCCAAGUCUGCCCUCGAGAAUGCCGCCAACUUCUGUUGCGAAGUCGACACAGUCACCGAUCUUCCACAGGCCUUCACCGUCGUGGCAAAGCACAUCUCUACGAUGCUUGAAACCUUCACCUCUAUCGACAACUACUUCAGAUCCAUGGGAGAUGGCGAAGAAGAGCAGGAGCUGAUGGACAUGUACCCCGACAUCAGGGAGGUCACAAGGGCCUGCUGCAAUGAUAUCAAAUACCUGGAAGACCUGUUUGACACUGUCAAAUCGAAUGGAAAAGACGAUACCCGAGUUAAGAUGAAGAGGUACCGGCUGGCCGUGCAGGACAAUGACGGCAAGAAGGUGGAAAAGGUCAUGCUCGACUUGCUGAAGGGUGCGCUUCUUGUGGCGCUGAAGCCUCUUGUGAGCGAUGCGCAUAUACAGGAGCUGGAAGAAGCGAUAAGGGAAAUAAAGGACUUGCCGCCGUCCCUGGAGGAUGAAUCCAUGGGAGGCUUCGUCAUGAACAACAGUGGCCCGGGAAAUAUGUUUUACCACGGCGGCAAAGGGCAUCAGAAUAUCUGCACUGGCGGAUUUCAGGUCACUGGAAACAAUGAGCAUGCUGUAUAUCGCUUUGCUGUGAAGGAAGAAGAGGGCAUCAAAUCCUGA